UUUUGGCUUUCGAAGGGCGAACAAUGCGUGCUCCGUCGGUUCUGGUUAUAUUCCUGCUUGGAGUGAUCCUGGGUGAUCGUGGCGCGGCUGGAGAGGAUCAGGCGCACAAAUCGUGGAUAUCCCAGCUCAAGCAGCUACGCAGUGAUCUGCGGGACUGCUACCAGUCCGGAGUACAUCAAAGUCUGUGGUCUUGCUUCCGCUCAAGAAGCUUGCACAUCUUCGAGGGCAUCAUGUCGUCGCCGGAGAUUUCCAUUUACGACGGAGUACGCCUGGUGUCCGCUCCGCAGAUGGCUGAAAACGCUACUCGCCCGGAGGACGAACGGAAGGAUUUGAAGCACUUAACCUGGUUCGAUCAACUGGCAGCGAGUUUGGCCAAGGGCUUGACCACCCACACUUUGCAAGUGAACUUGGGCAAGCUGACGGAGCGAUAUCUAAGUAGUGAGACUUCUGGCACCGAUCCUGUGGGCAGUGCCCGGCUGAGAAGACAUCGCUACAACAUGAUCAUAACCAUGAUGUUUGGAGUGACUGCCUUGGGGGCCAUCCUGGUGCCCAUGGGCUUCCAAAUGCUCUCCAUAGUGAGUGGAAAAGCGCUGCUACUGGCCAAGAUGGCCCUGCUCCUGGCCUCCAUUAAUGGCCUAAAGAGGGUGGCCAACAAUGGACUGCACUAUGGACUGUACCACGUGCCAGGAGAGCACCUAGGAGGUUACUACGACCGGGGGGAUGUGAGCCACCCCAGAAAUGUGCCUAUUCCCGUGGCCGUGGCGCCCACUUUGGAUAUGGGAUUGAAGUAGGGACUUAGAACUUCAUAUAGGACAAAAUGUUAACUCAAUCAAAUCCAUAAAUAAGAUAAAAUAUUAAAGCAUUACAUCUUUAUAGUUUAGACGCAUAAAGAGCACAUUGUAAGUUCCGUUCUAGGUUAAGACUAGAUCCAAUUUCAAAUAAAGCCGGAUUUCCAUUUGAAAGAG